UUUUUUGCGGUAACCAAUUCAUUGAAUUUAUACUAACUGUGGAAGUUAUAAAAUCCCCAUUCCAGUGUGGCUUACAGACGCCGCCCGGCUCAUUUCUUGAGCCAAUACCUAACAUCACAAACUUAAUCUCGUGAGUCAUGUUCUUGUCAGCCUGAUAUACACUUUGUCAGAAAACACAAGUAGACGGAAUGAGAGGGUGAGAAAGUGAGUGGGUGGGUGGUGACUAGGACAUCAAUGAUGCUUCCUGACAAUUAGAGAAGUUCUGAGAAAGGGGGCAGAAAGAGAGUGAGAGAUGGAGGAGACUUCCGGCUAUAAGGAGUAUGUGGCGGGUUUGCUUGCCGGGGUAGCCACUGUUGGCAUCGGUCAUCCCUUCGACACCGUCAAGGUGAAGUUGCAAAAACACAAUACUGAAGCACAUGGAAUGAAGUACAAGAAUGGCUUGCAUUGCACUGCUAGGAUAGUGAAGAGUGAAGGAGUGAAAGGACUCUAUAGAGGGGCAACAUCAUCUUUCCUUGGGAUGGCCUUUGAAAGCUCGCUUCUUUUUGGCAUAUAUUCCCGAACAAAACAAAAAAUGCAGGAAGGACUACAAAAUACUAGGCCACAGCCCCAAGUAAUAAUUCCUUCAGCAGCUUACAGUGGGGCUAUUAUUAGUUUUGUAUUAUGUCCAUCAGAGCUACUGAAGUGUAGGAUGCAAAUUCAAGGGACUGACUCUUUGGUUCCAAAGUCUAGUAGAUACAGUAGUCCUCUUGAUUGUGCCCUUAAAACCAUGAAAACUGAAGGGGUUACGGGCAUUUUUCGUGGAGGUCUUACAACCUUAUUGAGAGAAUCUUUUGGGAAUGCUGUCUUUUUCAGCGUUUAUGAGUAUGUUCGCUAUUACAUGCAUUUGCAACUGAAAGCUGCUUCAUCUGACCACAACGACUUGAUUGAUGUGGGAAUUGGGAUUGUUACUGGUGGCCUUGGUGGUGUAGCUUUCUGGUCUGCUGUUCUACCCUUGGAUGUGGCAAAAACAAUAAUUCAGACUGCCUCAGAUAAAAGUUCUACUAAAAAUCCUUUUCGGAUAUUGAACUCGAUUUACAGAAGGGCUGGACUUAGAGGAUGCUAUACAGGUUUGGGUCCUACAAUAGCUAGAGCAUUUCCUGCUAAUGCAGCUGCAAUUGUUACCUGGGAGCUUGCCAUAAAACUUUUAGGUAUCAAGCGUGAGUAAAAGCAGUAUGGCAUUUGAUUAUCCAGGGAUUUUAAAUAGUCUAUUGCUAUUUCAACACAACAUGCAUUGAUUGCCUUUGGCAAUAUUUUGUCCACACAAUUCUUUCUUUAGACACGGUGACUGGGAUGGUACAAAUCAGAUAUAUAUCAGGGUAAGAUGAUUUUUCUGAAAGAAUGAGCGCUCCAACAGAGCGGCUGACCAGGCUAACAGUGGUCUAAUAUCGAGUGAUUUGAGGAUUUUUCUAGGGCUCCUUUCUCUUUCCUUUUUUACAUAGGAAAUGUCACAUAAUUGAUUACUUGGUGGAAAUGUUUCUCAAACAUUUUUGGUUGAGUGUUGGUGAACUCAGUUAAUUGUUAUUCAGUAUUUGAUAGGAACCAUUUCAAAUUAUCUACCUUUGUCCAUGAUGGAGUAUUCUGUGUUGGGGGAAACAGAUUGUUAUCUUCAUUGUGAAGAUUGUUCUGAUCACAAUUUUGCUUUAUC